GCUGCGGCAGCGGCAGCCGCCGCUUUUGCGGAGUUUCCCCUGACCGGGAGGCAGUCUGGGGCUGCCCGGCCGCGGGGGACUCCCCUAGAGGGGGCCGCUGCGGUCGCGACUUCAAAGGCGCCGGCGAGGCCGAGCGAGAGCCUCCGGUCUGCCUGUAGAGCCAUUGUUUGCGCGUCCUGGAGCGGGCGCAGACCUGCUGGGGAGGGGUGUCUGGACCUCGAUAAGUACCACGCCUGCUCUGCCUUCCAGCUCGGAGCAAACAUGAAUGUUGGAGUUGCCCACAGUGAGGUGAAUCCAAACACCCGGGUAAUGAACAGCCGGGGUAUGUGGCUGACAUACACGUUGGGAGUUGGCUUGCUUCAUAUAGUGUUACUCAGCAUUCCAUUCUUCAGUGUUCCUGUUGCUUGGACCUUAACCAAUAUUAUUCAUAAUCUGGGGAUGUAUGUAUUUUUGCAUGCAGUGAAAGGAACACCUUUUGAAACUCCUGACCAAGGUAAAGCAAGGCUCCUAACUCACUGGGAACAGCUGGACUAUGGAGUACAGUUCACAUCUUCACGAAAGUUUUUCACAAUUUCUCCAAUAAUUCUGAAUUAUCUGUAAAGUUAAGUAUGCUAAUACUAAAUAAGACAGCAAGACAUUUUUUUAAACCAUCAAAAAGGAAAGUUUAUGAAUUAUUAAGAAGUUUUAAUUUUCAUCCUGGACCACAAUUUCUUCAUAAACUAGUCCUGGGAAUUGAAACCAGUUGUGAUGAUACAGCAGCUGCUGUGGUAGAUGACACUGGAAAUGUGUUGGGAGAAGCAAUACAUUCCCAAACUGAAGUUCACUUAAAUCUACCCGCCCCCAACAGACUCUAAGCUCUGUGGUGACAGCAGCCGUGACUGUGUUAAUCACUGCAGUAUGCCUAUUACCCAGCACAGUGGCACAUCACAGGUUCUCAGUGGCCUUGAAAGAUGGUUAGGCCUGCAGUGAAUGAAGAUGGAGAGAAUACUGUAAUUUGCUUGAGCGUAAUGAGCACAGGCAAAGAGGUAAGAAGACCCUAGACACAUAUUCAUUUAGCUGGAGUAUAAGUCACUGAAGUAUAUGCUUCAGCGGUACCAUCCACAUUCUUCCUUUUUGCAUUUGUUGAAAAUCUGUUAUUGUCAGGCCCUGUGGGUACAAAUAGGAAUAAGAUACAUUAUGAUCCUUGACUCUGAGCAGCUUGAAUUAUCAAAUGGGCUGGAGAACAGGUUUAUAUUGUGGUUCAGCCUCUUACUAGCUUUGAGACCAUACACAUUUUUCUGUGCCUCAGUUUCCUUCUCUGUGAAAUCAGGAUAAUGUAGCUAGCUCAGAGUAUUGCUGUAAGGGCUAAAUGUGAAUUCUUUUAAAGCAUUUAGUGCAGUUCUUGACAAGGGGCAAAGUUCAAUAUAAGCUAGCUGUGAGUGACAGUGGUACUCCUGUUACUACUAUCAUUAAGUGAAGAAGACAGAUGGCAAAGGGCUUAUUGUACAGCAAUGUGGAAAGUGCCAAAGCAGUAUUGGUUGGCAGAGAAGACUUUUCAAGCCAGAAACCUGAUGGACAUCCUUCUCUUCUCUCUCCGCACUCCACAUCCAAAUCAGUCAGCCAGUCCUUGUAAAUCUGUUUCCCGAAUCUUUCUUGAAACUCCCUUCCUAUCAGUUCACUUCAAUCCCUUAUUGUCUCUUGUUUGGACUCUUGGCUAUAACCUGGGGGCUAACUGGUUUGCCUGCUUCUUUAUUAGCUUAGGUCCCUAGUCAUUCCAUAUUAUUUACAAAUUAUAGAAAGACAAAUAGAUUCUCAUAUUAGUUCUUUGAGAAUAAGCCCAUGGGCUUAUUCCUAAUGCUUAGUAUAAUUCCUGGAGGAUAAAAAGAAGAGCCACAAAAAGGAAAGGAGGGAGGCAAAACAAAGAAGGAAGGAAUGAGAGGCAGAUCUUGAAGUACAGCAGGUUAAGCUGCCCACUUGGCACACCUGCAUCCCAUAUCAAAGUGCCAGUUCAAGUCCCAGCUGCUCUGCUGCCGAGGUGGCUCUCUGCUAACAUGCCUGGGAAGGUAGUGGAAAAUGUCCCAAAUACGUGGAACCUGCCAAUCACCUGGGAGACCUGGAUGGAGUUCCUGGCUACUAGAUUCAGCCUGGCCCAGACCUGGCUUUUGUGGCCAUCUGGGAAGUGAACCAGUGGAUGGAAGAACUCUAUCCCUGUCAUUCUGUCAUUCUCUUUCAAAUAAAUCAAAUAAAUAAAUCCUUUCAAAAAAAAAAAAAAGCAAAAAA